AUGCAUACCCAUCAAACCGGCUACUUCCCCCAGCGCUCUCUCUCCCAAACAUCGGCCUCCUCCACCUCAUCUCGUGGCAGCCAGCGCACUCAAGUCAAGAUGCACACCCGCAAAUCCUCCAACCCCAUCUCCUCCAAGCUCUUCCGGGGCCGCUCCAAAUCCCCCAUGCCUAUUGACAUCCCAAUGAGCAGCCACUCGCGCCAAUCCUCGGGCGCCUCGCAACCCCACGACGUCCCUCGGAGUGCCCCCGAGACUUCAUUCUUGGACCAGCACCUGCGCUCCACUAGCCCGGUGCAGAUGUCCCCCGACAACGCCUCGCCGCGGUCGCCCAAGCCGGACUUUGGCUCGAAGGGCAGCUCUCUGACCCGCAAGAACAGCGAUGAUUACCGUCGCUUGAACGGGACGAUCAACCAUUGCGGCCGGCACGCGAAUGACUGGCUGUUUGGGGGGUUCAGUGUUCGUGAGACAGUCCGCGAUGGGAUUGAGAAGCUGCGCAACCAUGACAAGGAGGGCUGA